GGAACAAGAUGGCUGAAUCAACUUACACAUGCCAAGCUCAAGAUGUUAUACGAUGCAUGCACUGCGAUCGGGCAGAGGCGGAGUAUAGGUGUGUUCCAUGUGGGGAUCGCAUGUGCCAAAAUUGCAGAAGAUCGCACAAUCAAGAUGCUUACUUUGCCAGCCAUGAAAUUGUUUUGAUUCGUGAAAGUUCGUCCUUGGAUCAAAAAUGUCAACAUCAUCCUUCAUUCCGUAUUGAAAAUGGAUGUGAUGAUUGUAAAGUUCCAAUUUGUGCAGAGUGUAAAAUCAAAACACACAGAAAUCACAAAUAUAUUAGCAAUGAUGAACUUUUUGAGGAAACAAAGAAAUUUAUACUAAAAAACGUAAAGAAAAUGAAAGAAAAGGAAAGGAAGGUUGAAUCUUUUCUUACUAAUACAAAUCAAGACCAAUCAAAGAUAUAUGAUGAUGUGAGAAAAGCUAUGAAAAAACAAGUGGAACUGUGCAAAAAGAAUGCCGAUGCCCUUUUGCAAGAGAAUUUGAAAAAACUCAACGAAAUGGAAAAGACCGAUGCAUCUCAAGUAGAAGAGUAUGAUAAAAUGUUAAAAGAGAAAUUGAAUGAGUUGAAAGUAAACAUUGAGACUUCCGAAGUAGCAUUAGAGAAAAGUACUCCAUUGGAUCUUAUAUUGUUCUGCAAGUAUGGUUUACAAAUUUCAGACACUAAAAUUAAAGACACUUUCAACUUCACCAAUCCUUCAUUUAAGGAGGGUGACGUUACACUUACUGAGAAGAUGUUUGGAACUUUAACCCCCUCGAAAGUUGAAUGGAAACCAUUUAAUAAAGGACGCAAAUGUCAAACGACAACAUUAAUGCAAAGACCUAAAACAGCACCAGUAAAACAACGCAAAAAAGAAAAUCUUGAAGACAGUUCUUUCUUGCGACAAUCACUUGACAUUGCUACAACUCCAAGGUCACAGAAAGGUUUUAAGGAAUUACCUGGCUGUAUUGCAGAGUUUGACAGCCCAUAUUCCGUUAUUUCACAUAUCCUACUGUGGACAAGAUCAAGUUUAUGUAAGUGGUAAUGGUAAGAAUAUCACACUGCUUGAUAUUAGAGGAAAGAAACUUAAAACAAUCAACACCUCCCGGGAAGUGCUAGGUUUUACAGUAGCUUAUAAUCAGAUCCUAAUUUAUUCAGACGGAAACGCUG